UCAGCUGUAGCCGCGCCGGCUUCGGCGUCGCCGCCAUCUUUGUUGAUGUGUCAGGUCCUCGGGGGUUUUGAGGGGGUGCCUCGGUUGAGAGUCAGGGAUCGGCCGUGGUCUCCACGCGGGACUUCCUCGUCCACUCCGUGUCGGCUGGACCCGGUCAUGGCGACGCUGGCCCGGGAGCCGGAGCUCCAUCGGCCUCGUUAGGGUGCGGCCCGGGGCUGGACGACGGACGAUGUAAAUGAAGAUCAGGAGCCGAUUUGAAGAAAUGCAAAGUGAAUUGGUACCAGUCAGCAUGUCAGAGACAGAGCACAUGGCCUCCAUUUCUUCUGAUCCAAAUACUGGGAAAACACCUGAGUUAAAAGAAGACUCGUGCAACCCAUUUUCUGGUGAUGAAAACAACAAAUUAGAAACCGAAUCUGAACUAUUGUCAUUGAACUCUGACAAAAUUUUAUGUCAACCUAAUGAACACAGUUGUCAAAUUGAACAAGAAAACCUUAUUCCAGACUGUGGUGGUGGUGAGAAUUCUUGUGUUAAAACAGACACAUGCUCAGAAAACUCUGAACAAGUAGAUGACUUUCCUGCUGGGGACUUUGUAAAACAAGUGUCAAAAACAAGUGACCCAGGACAGACGGUGACACAGAUACUGGCAGAGUUGAGGUCCUCUGCAUCUACAGAAGCCAGUGAUCCAAAGACGUCCUCAGCAAGCCUCUACGAUACAGACUGCACCAGGAAACUCAUUUCUCAGAUAAAGACUGUUUCAGCAUCAGAUGAUUUGUUGGGAGAAAUUGAAUCUGAGCUCUUGUCUGCAGAGUUUGCAGAGGAACACCAAGUACCGAAUGGAGUGAAUAAAGGCGAGCAUGCCUUAGCCCUGUUUGAAAAGUGUAUGCAUGGCAAGUACUUGCAGCAAGAGCUCACGAUUAAGAAGUUAAUUAAAGAAAAUAAGAAUCAUCAGGAACUCAUCUUAAAUAUUUGCUCAGAAAAAGACAAUUUAAGAGAAGAACUGAAAAAAAGAACAGAAACAGAGAAGCAGCAUAUGAACACAAUUAAACAGUUAGAAUUAAGAAUAGAGGAACUGAAUAAAGAAGUUAAAGCUUCUCAAGAUCAGCUAGUAGCACAAGAUGUCACAGCUAAAAAUGCAAUUCAGCAAAUCCACAAAGAGAUGACCCAGAGGAUGGACCAGGCCAAUAAGAAAUGUGAAGAGGCCCGUCAAGAGAAGGAAGCGAUGGUAAUGAAGUAUGUGAGAGGUGAGAAGGAAUCUCUAGACCUUCGCAAAGAAAAAGAAACACUUGAGAGAAAACUUAGAGAUGCAAAUAAGGAGUUGGAGAAAAACACUAACAAAAUUAAGCAGCUCUCUCAGGAGAAAGGGCGGCUACAGCAACUCUAUGAAUCGAAGGAAGGUGAGACGUCUAGACUCGUCAGAGAAACUGACAAAUUAAAGGAGGAGAUCAGCUCAUACGUCAUUAAAGUAAAGUGGGCACAAAACAAGCUAAAGGCUGAGAUGGAUUCACACAAGGAAACCAAAGAUAAACUCAAAGAAACAACGUCAAAAUUAACACAGGCAAAGGAAGAAGCUGAUCAGAUCCGGCAAAACUGUCAAGAUAUGAUAAAAACAUAUCAGGAAUCAGAAGAAAUUAAGUCAAAUGAGCUUGAUGCAAAGCUCAGAGUCACGAAAGGAGAACUUGAAAAACAAAUGCAAGAAAAAUCUGACCAGCUAGAGAUGCAUCAUGCCAAAAUAAAGGAACUGGAAGAUCUGAAGAGGACAUUUAAGGAGGGUAUGGAUGAGCUCCGGACAUUGAGAACAAAGGCCAAAUGUCUAGAAGAUGAACGCUUAAGAACUGAAGACGAAUUAUCAAAAUACAGGGAAAUUAUUAAUCGUCAAAAAGCUGAAAUUCAAAAUUUACUGGACAAAGUGAAAAUGACAGAUCAGAUCCAGGAGGAGCUUCAGAGUGGUAAACAAGAAAUUGAACAUUUGAAGGAAGAAAUGGAAAGCCUUAAUUCUUUGAUUAAUGACCUACAGAAAGACAUCGAAGGCAGCAGGAAAAGGGAGUCUGAGCUCCUGCUGUUCACGGAGAAGCUCACUAGUAAGAAUGCACAGCUGCAGUCUGAGUCCUGCUCUCUGCAGUCACAAGUGGACAGUCUCUCCUGCAGUGAAAGUCAGCUGCAAAGCCAGUAUGAGCACGUGACACAGACCAACGCUCACUUGGAGAGCAGAUUGCUCAGAGAGGAGGAGCUGCGGAAAGAGGAGGUCCAGAGCCUGCAGGCUGAGCUCUCUGCUAGGCAGACAGAAGUUAAAGCCCUGAGCACCCAAGUGGAAGAACUGAAAGAUGAGCUAGUAACACAGAGGCGCAAACACGCCUCCAAUGUCAAGGAUCUUAGCAAACAGCUUCAGCAAGCACGGAGAAAAUUAGAACAAACUGAGAAUGGGAGCUACGAUAAAGAAGUUAGCAGCAUGGGAAGCCGUUCUAGUUCAUCAGGGUCACUUAAUGCUCGCAGCGGUGCUGAAGACCGAUCUCCAGAGAAUACCAGCUCCUCGGUGGCUGUGGACAACUUCCCGGAAGUGGACAAGGCCAUGCUGAUUGAGAGGAUAGUGCGGCUGCAGAAAGCGCAUGCCCGGAAGAAUGAGAAGAUAGAGUUCAUGGAGGACCACAUCAAACAGCUGGUAGAAGAGAUAAGAAAGAAAACCAAAAUAAUUCAGAGUUACAUUUUACGAGAAGAAUCAGGCACACUUUCUUCAGAAGCAUCUGAUUUUAACAAAGUGCAUUUGAGUAGACGCGGUGGCAUCAUGGCAUCCUUAUACACAUCCCAUCCCGCUGACAGUGGGCUAACACUGGAGCUCUCUUUGGAAAUCAACCGAAAAUUACAGGCUGUUUUGGAAGAUACAUUGCUAAAAAAUAUUACUUUGAAGGAAAACCUGCAAACACUUGGAACAGAAAUAGAACGCCUUAUUAAACACCAGCACGAACUGGAGCAGAGGAUGAAGAAAACCUAACAAAAAGCUCUUGCCCAGUAGACAAACAAGAGCCACAGAACAGCAGGUGCCACUGUCCAGUGUCCUGAAACAGCCCUUGCCUUGUGCCAACUAAUCAAAAGUUCAUUUUACUUCCCUGUGCAGAAGUGCCCUUUCAUGAAUGCAUUGGUGUGUGUGCCGUAACUGUGAGCUCAAUGACGUCCAUUUCUGUGUGGUGCAGUUCAGCCACCUUGUCACUGACUCAACAUCUAAUUUGCUUAUUGCCCUAAAAUGCUAAACAUUAGUACAAGGGUUUAAAAACAAAACAAAAACAACUUUGCCGUAGUUCUUCCGUUAGUGAGUUCAGCCUUUGAAAAGUAUUUAUGAAAAGACAGGUGUUCUCCAUCCAUUAUUUCUGCAACACACAAAGACACCUAGAGAAAUCAUGAAGUUUUCAGUUUUCAUCUGGGCACAGUGAUCACCCUAUAGUUCUAGCUACUUCGAAGGCUAAGGAGGAUCUGGAGCUCAUGAGUUCAAAGCCAGCCAGGGCAACAUCUCACAACCCCAUCACAAUUAGCCCGAAUCACAGAGUAGUCUUGCGUUGUGCUGUAAGGAUGUAUAUGAAUACUUAAUUUAAUGACAACUAGACAGGAAAACUGGCUGUUGGUAACUAGCAGUGACCAGGCACUAUUUCCUUAUUUGUCAUAGCUACGUUUUCAGAUUUGAGUUUGAGUUACUAGUUGAGUUUUUACAUCUUCAGUACUUAAACUAAGAUUUUAAACAAUGUGUGUACUUAAAAUUUUCCUGUGAACUUAUUGUAUUUUAAAAUGUGAAAUGAAUCUAAUCAUUAGAACAGAUAAAUGAAGACUUUGAAACUGACAUGUUUUAGUUUUACUGACAUUGUAUAGAAGUAAAUGUAAUGGGGUCUUAAAGCAGUGAUUCUUAACCUGUGGGUCACAACCCUUUCACAGGGGUCACACAUCAGAUAUU